AUGAAAUUUUCGACUCUGGCGUGUUUAGUUGUUCUCUUGGCGGGAAAGACUUACUCUAAUCCAACGGAAGACGGAAGCAUUCCGGAAGCGGAUCCGGAAAUUCCAGAAGUCGGUGCUAACGACGACGAGGAAUUGAGUUGGUACAAACUAAUCGCCGUCAUUUUGAAACUGGCCACCGAAAAGGAACUGGAUGAUCGACUGGAUCCUUCCACCAGGAUCGAAGACGAUGAAUUUCAAUUCAACCCACCGCCGCCACCAAUGACGCCUUCCGUUUCCUUCCAGCGGCAGCCACUUCCACCCUGGGGCUACCGGCCACUGCUGCCACCGUCGCAUCCGUAUUUCUUCCGGAGCAAUUAUUACUACGGCCAACCGGAAACAAAUUUGUUUCGAAGUUCUCACGACGAUUUGAAUUUCCCGGGGAAUCCCGGAACGAACGGAAUCAACGGAAUCAAUGGAGAGGACGGCAAGGAUGGCAAAGAUGGAGAUCAGGGACCUGCUGGACCCAUCGGACCACAAGGAAAAGUCGGUCCUCCGGGGACAAAUGGAGUUAAUGGACCAGCGGGGGCUGAGGGCUCCCCCGGAGUACCCGGAGUACAAGGAAUCCAGGGCAUCCAGGGCAAUACCGGACCGCAGGGCAUUCAAGGAGAAAAGGGACCGGCCGGAAUUAAUGGCCUAGACGAACUCAACGGGAUGGACGGAAACGACGGAAUUGCGGGACCUCCAGGACCCCAAGGACCGAUUGGAGUGCCCGGCAAAAAUGGAAAAGAUGGCAAAGACGGGCCGAUUGGUCCCAUCGGCCCAGCAGGCCCGGCUGGAAUUCCUGGAACAGAUGGAAAAGACGCAAUCGACGGAAAAGAUGGAUGGGACGGAACUCCUGGAGCAACCGGACCUCCUGGAUCCCCAGGAAAAGAUGGCAAAAAUGGAAGUCCUGGACAGCCGGGAACGGGUGGAACUCCGGGAAGCCCAGGAUCGCCAGGAUCACCUGGUUCUCCAGGUAAUUAA